AUGGAGACAGUACAGAGACAGUACAGAGACAGUACAGAGACAGUACAAAGACAAUACAGAGACAAUACAGAGACAGUACAGAGACAGUACAGAGACAAUACAGAGACAGUACAGAGACAGUACAGAGACAGUAUGGAGACAAUACAGAGACAGUACAGAGACAGUACAGAGACAAUACAGAGACAGUACAGAGACAGUACAGAGACAAUACAGAGACAGUACAGAGACAGUACAGAGACAGUAUGGAGACAAUACAGAGACAGUACGGAGACAAUACAGAGACAGUACAGAGACAAUACAGAGACAGUACAGAGACAGUACAGAGACAAUACAGAGACAGUACGGAGACAAUACAGAGACAGUAUGAAGACAAUACAGAGACAGUACAGAGACAGUACAGAGACAAUACAGAGACAAUACAGAGACAAUACAGAGACAAUACAGAGACAGUACAGAGACAGUACAGAGACAGUAUGGAGACAGUACAGAGACAGUACAGAGACAGUACAGAGACAGUACAAAGACAAUACAGAGACAAUACAGAGACAGUACAGAGACAGUACAGAGACAAUACAGAGACAGUACAGAGACAGUACAGAGACAGUAUGGAGACAAUACAGAGACAGUACAGAGACAGUACAGAGACAAUACAGAGACAGUACAGAGACAGUACAGAGACAAUACAUAGACAGUACAGAGACAGUACAGAGACAGUAUGGAGACAAUACAGAGACAGUACGGAGACAAUACAGAGACAGUACAGAGACAAUACAGAGACAGUACAGAGACAGUACAGAGACAAUACAGAGACAGUACGGAGACAAUACAGAGACAGUACAGAGACAGUACAGAGACAAUACAGAGACAGUACAGAGACAGUACAGAGACAAUACAGAGACAGUACAGAGACAGUACAGAGACAGUAUGGAGACAAUACAGAGACAGUACGGAGACAAUACAGAGACAGUACAGAGACAAUACAGAAACAGUACAGAGACAGCACAGAGACAGUACAGAGACAGUACAGAGACAGUACAGAGACAGUACAGAGACAGUACAGAGACAGUACAGAGACAGUACAGAGACAGUACACAGACAAUACAGAGACAAUACAGAGACAAUACAGAGACAGUACAGAGACAGUACAGAGACAGUAUGGAGACAGUACAGAGACAGUACAGAGACAGUACAGAGACAGUACAAAGACAAUACAGAGACAAUACAGAGACAGUACAGAGACAGUACAGAGACAAUACAGAGACAGUACAGAGACAGUACAGAGACAGUAUGGAGACAAUACAGAGACAGUACAGAGACAGUACAGAGACAAUACAGAGACAGUACAGAGACAGUACAGAGACAAUACAGAGACAGUACAGAGACAGUACAGAGACAGUAUGGAGACAAUACAGAGACAGUACGGAGACAAUACAGAGACAGUACAGAGACAAUACAGAGACAGUACAGAGACAGUACAGAGACAAUACAGAGACAGUACGGAGACAAUACAGAGACAGUAUGGAGACAAUACAGAGACAGUACAGAGACAGUACAGAGACAAUACAGAGACAGUAUGGAGACAGUACGGAGACAAUACAGAGACAGUAUGGAGACAGUACAGAGAGAUACUUGAACAUCUUGAACAAACUCACGUGGAACACAGCUGAUCGAUACCAUAAAUUGUACUCCUUCUAA